ACGCAUGUUGUAAGAGUAGGGGUGCAUGUCCCAAAAGAGUAGGAAUCGUUUGUUGUGAUUGCUAGUGAGCGGGACCUUCUGGGGCGGUUAUUCGACAUCCAAAUUUGGCAUCAUGCCGAUGUUAGAGUGUCUGUUGAAUCAUUGGAUUCAGACUAGGCACUUGUCUCUGACUGCCUUUGUCAGCAAGAGGUACUUGCCAAACUCGCACAAAGCUCAUCGUCUGGCCCCGAACUAUUUGAUCAAGCAAACAAUGGAGGAAAAGCAAAGAAUUGCUAAGGUACUGAAAAGAAAUCGGCGUUCUCCUGUGGACUUACUUCGGCUGAGUCCGAGGCAUGUUGCCAUCUACAAUGCCCAAUUGGCGCGAGCAAUAGGCCGAGCAUUGGUUAUGCCAGAAUUGAAGUCACAUUUUUACGGAAAAGGUGUGAACAUCUCAAAGGUAUACUCGUCACCCGAUGGUAAAGACGUAUCCGUCUUUUGGUUUUCAACACAAUCAAAGGCCAAAGAUGUCAUAUCCAAAGCCUUAAAUGAACAUCGAUCAGAAAUCACCGAUGCUUUGAGCAAGGCAAUGGAAGGAUCACAAGUUCCCCAAUUGAAAUUUCGUUACGACGAGAGACACUUGGCUUCUGGUUAUCUUGAGGACAAUUUCAGUCUGGUCGAGGAUGCCCUCAAAAUGGCCGAACAAGAUGAGGCCCUCCAAACGCCCAACGAGAGGCCCUCGCUGAAUUCAGCUUCACGAAAAGCGACCCUCUUUGACGAAAUUUGCCGGAUGCCCCUUCGAAAUGACUUAUUCGGUGUCCACAGAGAUGUCAUUCUCACCGAGAUCUAUCAAGCUCGGCAUUUAGCGAUGGCGUCCCAUCGCAUCACCCCCAAAUCGGGAGUUAACGAUCCUCUGGUGAAUGAGUUCGAAGGUUAUUUGGACAAGCAUUAUGACAAUGACUCCAAAACGGACGUCGAGGGUCGCGUCAAGAGAUUCCUCGGCAACAAAAAAAGGAUGUUCUAUAAGGCCAUCAAGACGGAGGAACAAUACGUUGAUUAACAAAGAGACACGUUGAACACGAGGGCAGUACAAGAUCAAUAUGCAAUUGUCUUGCUUGUACACGAAUACGCAUUACUUGAAUUAAACUAAUUAUUAAUG